CCCGCCCACCCCGAGACCCCGCCCCUCGUCGUAGGCUCCGCCCCCGGCGGCUCCGCGUGCACUGAAGAUGGCGGCUGCGGCAGCAAGGUUGCUCCGGGGCUCGGUUGCUCGACACAUGAGCACAAUUUCUCGGGGCAUUUCUGCCUCCGCAGGCCUUGGACCUGUUGCUUCUAGAAGAACAUGCUUGACAAACACACUGUGGUCUGGGGCUCCUCAAGCCAAAUUCACCUUCAGCACCAGUUCCUUGAGCCACGCUCCUGCCGUCACCCAGCACGCACCCUCUUUUAAGGGCACAGCUGUUGUCAAUGGAGAAUUCAAAGAGCUAAGCCUUGAGGACUUUAAGGGGAAAUAUUUGGUGCUUUUCUUCUAUCCUUUGGAUUUCACCUUUGUGUGUCCUACAGAAAUUGUUGCUUUCAGUGACAAAGCCAAUGAGUUUCACGAUGUGAACUGUGAAGUUGUUGCAGUUUCCGUGGAUUCCCACUUUACUCAUCUCGCCUGGAUCAAUACACCAAGGAAGAGCGGCGGUUUGGGCCACAUGAACAUUGCGCUUUUGUCGGAUUUAACUAAAGAAAUUUCCCGGGACUACGGUGUGCUGUUGGAAGGUCCUGGCAUUGCACUCAGAGGUCUCUUCAUAAUCGACCCCAAUGGAGUCAUCAAGCAUCUGAGCGUCAAUGAUCUCCCAGUGGGCCGAAGCGUGGAAGAGACCCUCCGCUUGGUGAAGGCAUUCCAGUUUGUGGAAACGCACGGAGAAGUCUGCCCAGCGAACUGGACACCAGAUUCCCCUACAAUCAAGCCAAGUCCAACGGCUUCCAAAGAGUACUUCGAGAAGGUCCAUCAGUAGAUACCCAUGUGCACCUACAGCUCCUCCAGCCAGAAAAGAGCCACAACCAGAAGCCCUUAGGCAUUUCAAAGAUGAUUAUUUAUAGACGGCAAAAGCGCAAUUAUGCUUGUACUUAGAAAUAGUACUCUGAAUGUUCUGUUUUUGUAGCACUGGCUAAGGCUUUCAAAAGGUGAUCAGUUGCUAACCUCAAGAGACCUUCCUUACUGGGGCACCUCCACAGCUAGCGGAGUUCUACAGAAAGCCUAGUCCCAUCUCUUAGAUCAUGUCCUCAGUCGGUAAAGAAAGCGCUCUUCUUUCUUACCCUUCCUUGAACCAUUGUUGACACCAAAGUAGUACCAUGUGCACUGAAGGCUUCUGAUCAAGAGUCCUGAAAUUUUCUUCUUGAAUUUCUUCAUAUUUUUAAACUGAACUUUCUUUUAAGGGGACAAAGAUUAUAGUCUUAGGUUGUCAGCAUUUGAAGUGGAUGUGUAUGUGAUGGAAAUGAAUGUGAACCAUGUUACUGAAACUACAGUGGCUUACUGAUCAUGCAUGAUACCCAUCCCCGAGAUUUAUACAUUAGCAUAGUUAUUUUUGCGCCGGGGUAUAGUUCAGCAGCAUAAGCACCUGCCUGGCAAGCGCAAGGUCCUGAGUUCGAUUCCCGGUACCAAAAAAAAAAAUUAUAUAGUUAUUUUACUCAUUUCAUUCGUGAACUGGCUGUCUACCUAUAUUCCUACAUAUUGAUUAGGUAUAACUGUAAAGGCCAUAAAUUUAAUUCCUUGGUUCAAUAUGAAUGAAUUUUGAAAUCAAUGUAAUUUCUUUCUUUCUUGAAGCAUUCAAUGUAAGAAUAAACAUAUUUUAAAAUA